ACGAAAAUAAUGAGUAUUUUAGUAACGUGCAUAGGUGGCAAUAUCAGCACCGUAUCAAUCAGAAAAAAUUAAUUCUAAAAUUAUUCAUCAAUCACCCCGGUAACAAAAAAAGUAAAAUAUCUGUUUAAUAUCUGAUAAUUUUUCUGUUUUAUUGGAAAGAUCGAGGGUAAAGAAACACUUUUUGCAAUUCGGUUAGAACCACAUAGAUGAAGAUUUUAUUUAAUUUUGUUUUAAUAUUGAUGAUAACUUUCUUGGGACCAUUAAGAAGAGUUUUAUCAACUAUGGCAGGCAGUGCUAAUAAAACUUUUCAAGGCAUAUUUUCAGUUUCAUAUGUGACUGCACCGUCUGAUGAAGUUGCUAAAAAAAUUGCUGAAGGAUUAGUGAAGGAAAAACUUGCUGCAUGUGUGAAUAUUGUACCUGGGGUGCAAUCAAUCUAUGAAUGGAAGGGUGAAAUACAAAAGGAUUCAGAAGUUUUAAUGGUUAUUAAAUCAAGAAUUUCUAGGUUAGAAGAACUGACAAAAUAUGUGAGCUUAAUGCCUUUUUAUCAUUUAGAGAAAACCACCCAUAUGAAGUGUGUGAAGUUAUAUCUACUCCUAUUCAGCACGGAAAUCCACCAUACUUGAAAUGGUUAGAUGAAGUUGUGCCUGAAAAGUCUUCAAAAGAAGACUUUUCAGAAUUGUAAUAAAGUGAUGUUUUGUUAAUAAAUGUUUGAUAAUUUUGUUAUUCAAAAUAAAUGUUAUGUAUAUUCAACAAA